GACGAAGAUGCAGCCGAUUGCUGUAGCGCCUCCCGUUUUAUAAGACCCGUGUCUCCAUUUACAACUUGCUCAGAUCCUUGGGUGUUGAAUCCGGCCAUCAUCUUCACCCACCGUAAAAUACACACGAAACUGCAAUCAUCUUCCCCGUACGUGCCUUCUCGCCCUCUGUUUACUCGGCUUCUUCGGCUCAGAGAUGGCUGCAGAUGAUUCUAAUGAUGCAUUGUCGCAUGCAAAUGGGUGGCGUCCGGGUAAUAGUUUGCUUGUGGUCUGUUUUGGGGAAAUGUUGAUUGACUUUGUCCCAUCUGUCGGUGGAGUUUCGCUCGCUGAAGCACCUGCUUUUGAGAAAGCUGCUGGUGGUGCUCCUGCUAAUGUGGCUGUUGGUAUAUCUAGAUUGGGAGGUUCUGCUGCUUUUGUAGGAAAGGUUGGUGAUGAUGAAUUUGGAUAUAUGUUGGCUAACAUUUUAAAGCAAAAUAAUGUUGACAACUCUGGUGUGCGGUUUGAUCACAAUGCAAGAACUGCAUUGGCUUUUGUUACCAAUAGAGCUGAUGGGGAGCGAGAGUUCCUAUUUUUUCGUCAUCCAAGUGCUGACAUGCUUUUACAUGAAUCAGAACUAGAUGUUGAACUUAUCAGCAAGGCAAAGAUCUUCCAUUAUGGUUCUAUCAGUUUGAUUGAUGAACCCUGCAAAUCGGCUCAUCUUGCAGCGAUGAAAAUUGCCAAAAACUCAGGGAGCAUCCUCUCUUAUGAUCCAAAUUUGAGAUUGCCAUUGUGGCCAUCUGCUGAGGCUGCUCGUGAGGGAAUAAUGAAUAUAUGGGAUCAGGCUGACAUCAUUAAGAUAAGCGAGGAAGAAAUUACAUUCUUGACUGGAGGCGAGGAUCCUAAUGAUGAUAACGUGGUCUUGGACAGGCUCUUUCAUCCUAAUCUUAAACUUCUGAUCGUUACUGAAGGAUCAGAGGGCUGCAGAUAUUUUACGAAGGAAUUCAGAGGCCGGGUUGCUGGUGUUAAAGUAAAGGCAGUUGACACAACUGGGGCAGGCGAUGCUUUUGUUGGUGGGAUACUAUUUUGCCUGGCUUCUGACCCUAAUCUUUACAAGGAUGAGGAGCGGCUAAGGCAAGCGUUGCUCUUUGCUAACGUCUGCGGCGCAGUUACAGUGACCAAGCGAGGAGCUAUUCCUGCACUACCCACAAAAGAAGCUGUCCUCAGUUUGCUAACACAAGCUGCUUCGUGAAGGGAACGCAAAGAGCAUAUCUCAUCAACUAUACUUUUCUGUCCUCCUCCCCCAGAAAAAUUAGCAAGUGUAGAAUUUCAUUUCCUAUACAAAGCCUGUAUACACGGUGGUCAAAUCAUACUCAUUUUCUCUGCAAUCUGUCUGUCUAAUUUAACUAAGAGCAUUCGGGGACCAAAUGUUGCAAACCUCCGAUUUGCUGCGAUUCAUCUGA